AUGGCAGAUACCAUGUUCUACACUCGUGACGUUCCUAGAAGCAGCUCAGAUUACGAUGGUUAUAGGUGUGCAACAGAUGAAAGAAUCUCUGUCAACUCACAUAUUCCGACUCUUGCACAUUGUGCUAGUAUUUGCUUCGUGAACGAUGAUUGUCAAAGUUACUUUCAUCAACCAAAUACACAGGAAUGUUCUCUAUGCCGUAUAGCUUACGGUAUAAAUGGAGAUGAUGCGGGACUGGAAGAAUGGACGGGCUCGUUGUACGAAUCUAGAUAUCAAUAUAUAGGCUGUUAUGACGACAACCUUCCAAGGAUUCUAGAAGAUAUCUUUAUAAAAAACGAUACCAUGACAACUGAGAUGUGCAUCAAGAGAUGUAUAACUGCAGGUCGUACCUACGCCUUAACUGAGGCGACCGAUAAUUGUGAUUGUGGUAAUCAGUUGAAGGCUCACGGGAAGUAUGAAGAUACAUCAUUUCCUAGAAACAGCUCAGAUUACGAUGGUUAUAUGUGUGCAACAGAUGAAAGAAUCUCUGUCAACUCACAUAUUUCAACUCUUGCACAUUGUGCUAGUACUUGUUUUGUGAACGAUGAUUGUCAAAGUUACUUUCAUCAACCAAAUACACAGGAAUGUUCUCUAUGCCGUAUAGCUUACGGUAUAAAUGGAGAUGACGCGGGACUGGAAGAAUGGAUUGGCUCAUUGUACGAAUCAAGAUAUCGAUAUGUAGGCUGUUAUGACGACUACCCUCCAAGAAUUUUAGAAGGUUUAUUUAUAUCUGACAUUAUUAUGACAACAGAGAUGUGCAUAAAGAGAUGCAUAACUGAAGAUCGUAUCUACGCUUUAACUGAGGCUGGGUAUUAUUGUGACUGUGGCCAUCAGUUGAACCCGCACGGAAAGUAUGCAGAUACAUCGUGUUUUCAGGCAUGCGCAGGAGAUAACAGUCAGACUUGUGGCGCUGGUUGGACAGGUACAGUCUACGCAAUAAGACACUGGUAGACGCCCAAUAUGUCCACAUGGAAAAUAGAUAGGAUUUUGGCCAUUCGAAUUGGAAAUCAUUGUUAUACAGUAGCACAAAUAUUGUUACUAUCACAACACCCAACAUUUUUGUCUUUGAAAAAUGAUAUUGAUAUUUGAAUUUUUUUUAUAUCUUAAAUGUUUACAGUCCAAGACAUUUAGACGUUUUUAUAUGUAAAUGUUUCCAAGAUAUUCAGACUUGUUUAUAUUUAAAUGUUUACAUCAAUGAUAA